CAGGAAACCUCUUGGUCUCGCAAAGCUAAAAUUCGAUUCGACGAUCAAACCAGCCAUGGGUAUCAUAAAGACGGCUAUGAUGAGUGGUGCCGCCAUGUAUGGCAUCAAGCAACUAGCUAAAACGCAAGAGCACCGACAGUCCCGCACGACUAAUGACAGCCAGCAAAACACCUCACAACGACGCGAGCUGUACGACCCGGAAUAUGUCGCAUGGCAGGAGUGGAAAAGCCAACAGAAUGCCGGCUCUAACUCAGGCCCAGGUCAGUGGGAAAAUCCUCAAAACCAGGGACAACGAAGACUCCUCACCGACGGUGAGACGGGGGAACCAAGAUAUUUUUCCUCUUUUGAAUACGACAGAGGCCAACCCGGAAGUCAGUAUCAGUAUGAAAGGGCAGAGCUUCGUCCACAGCGAGAUGUUGUGACUGCCGCUAAUGGGGCCUCGACAACCCAGUCCAACCAUUCUGGAGGCUUCGACAUUACUCCUCUGUUGGGAAAAGGCAUGGAUUUGGUGCAGUCAGGAGGAAAGGGCGGCAAAGGAGACUUUUUGGAUAAGUUUUUGAGCAAGUAG